GCCUUGGUGAAAUCGGUUUUGCAAUUUGUCGGUUUUUGCGUGAUAUCGUUUUUUGCUUGUCAUCCUGAAGCACGUGACAUUAUUGUUGUCAUUAAACCCAGGCUCCACUACGCGGAAAAUCACACUUUGUUUAUUUUGAGCCUAUAAAGAAGGUGUUUUGCAAGUAGGAACAUUUAAUAAAAAGCCUAUGGAUUGCUUAAUUGCUUUUCCAGGCAAUUUUGUAAGCUGUGAAGUUAAGGUGUUUUCUUAUUGAUUUCUUAAAAGGUAUACAGAGCUUGAAAUUUGAAUAAUGUUCCGACUUGUGCAAUGCUCAAGAGUCGUCGGAAGGAAGCUGAGCACCUGUGCUGUUCCUGUCGGACAGAAUGUGCCCAUUGUACACACACCACAGCUGGCCCAUGUACACAAAGCCUGCAUUCGGCGACUUCUGCACAGCAGCUGCUCUGCAUCUGCCGAACGUGUUGCCGACAAGCCAGAGCCGCUGGUGGUCUACCGAGGUCCGCUGACGGGCCAAAUGAAGCGGCUCAAGGUGUUUUCACUCUUCACUAGUGCGGUCGGCAUGUAUGUGGCUCCCACCGUCAUGGCCGAAAUGGGCAAGGCCGGAAUGGGGAUCGCCAUCAUGAUGGGCUCGGUGAUGGGCAUCUUCACGCUGAUGACGCCCGUGCUGAUUCACCUGGUGGUGCGCAACUACGUCACCCAGCUGACGUACGACCCGAGCUCGGACCGCUACACGGCCAACACCAUCACACUGAUGCUGCGCACGCGACAGGUGGAGUUCAGUCCUGCCGACGUACACGUGCCAGACGUACCCGGGAUGUUCACCACGUUCGUCGCCAAGGGGAAGCCGCUGUUCGCCGACGCCAACCACUUCCAGCCGAUCGAGCACUUUGGCCGCAUCAUGGGCUACGACCGGCCGGUGGACCUGAAGCUCGGCAAGCGGCCCUCGUCGGACCAGGAGCAGCCGCCCGCCUGAUGCCGCCGGUCAGACUCGGUGGGUUUGCGAAUACGUGUCCUAGUCUCAGGCCGCCGCAGUGUGGAGCGGACUGCCAAACACCAGCGCCGCGACCGUGAGUCGGUGAUCGCUGCUCCAGACACCAGCGGUAAAAGACAACGGGCAUGCGGUGCUCAGUUGCCAAGGACGCCAUGCUAUCGUGGCAUGGGCGGCACAGUGACAGUCUGGUGUCUGAGUAUUCUGUAUGUGCGAGUUGUUGGUGUCGUGACUCGUGGGUGCUGUAUUGCCCGCGCUCGGUUGUGUUUCAUAGAAAUGUUUCUACGGAGCGUCUACGGACGGUAUAAUGAACUGGUUGAUUGUGGUGUCAAGUUUGUAUUUAGUACAUACAUAAUGAACAUUGAACAUAUCCCGUAACACAAGCGAUUGUCUGCCGCUGAUACGGGCGUUCGCACGGUGAGGAAGCAAUCCGCACACGCCAGACAGCACGGCACAUAGGGCGCGGGAGCCAGCACAGCACAGCACAGCACAAUGCCAGCAAACAGUCGUAGAGGAUAGCACAGUACAACGUAUGCCGUGCCGUCCACACAGCAUUUCGGUGCGGGACGGUCGUCCUCUAUACAUAUCAGUUGGGGAAACUACGAGGCGAAGAUCCAAAAAUUGAUUGGUCAAUAAAUAGACUUUUGAUGACCAUAUAUGGGCAUAAAAGCAGCCCUCGCUACUACGGAAGAAAAA